AUAGAAAAGCCCAAUCGCAUAACUGCCGAUUAGUUCGGCCCAAAUAGAAAAGCCCAAUCGCAUACCGGCCUGGACCGCCUAAACCCUAACUAUAAGAACUAAAUCUUCAAUCAGGAUAAAUAGCCGAAUUGACGAAGUCGCGAUUUCCCCUCUGUAAACCUAGCAGCAGCUUUGAUCUUCAGUGGUGCAUUUGUCUCUGUUUAACUUCUCAGACAUGAAGGUUGUCGCGGCUUACUUGUUGGCGGUUCUGGGUGGGAACGCCAGUCCCUCCGCCGAGGAUGUAAAGGGCAUUUUGAGCUCAGUUGGGGCUGAUUGUGACGAGGAAAGAAUUGAGUUGCUGUUGUCUCAAGUUGCUGGAAAGGAUAUUACUGAGUUGAUUGCUGCCGGGAGGGAAAAAUUGGCUUCAGUACCAGCCGGUGGUGGUGCGGUUGCUGUUUCUGCUUCUCCCAGUGGCGCAGGAGGUGGUGCUGCACCUGCUGCUGCUGAGGCGAAGAAAGAAGAGAAAGUUGAAGAGAAAGAAGAGUCUGACGAUGACAUGGGCUUCGGUCUGUUUGACUAGAAUUUGCAAAUGCAGUCGUAUAUCAAGCAAGUAUUCGCCACAUUCUCUUCAAUUUAUGUUAGUAGAGAAGUUUUCUUUUAUGUUUUUGGCACUGGAAUUUUGUAUCCGAACAAGUUGAGGACUAAAUAUAGUGUUCUUUGUUUUGAGUUUUA